AUGGCUGGUUGUCUGCAAAGUUCCCAACUUUGUAAAAAGUGGGCAUUUUUGAGAUGCCUGCUUGUGACAUUUUCUUUUAGCUUCUAUUUUGCCGCAGCAAAGGCUGAACCUUUUGAUCCUGCUCACCUAUAUCGCCACAGAUCAGGACCUAAUGAAGACACCAUCAUCAUCGCUAACAACGGGAUCAGGGUGCCUUUUGGGAGGUCUGUAUAUCUAGACCCUGUGAGUGACCUGGUAACAGAAGUGCAGCCCGGCGACCGCUGCCACAUCACAGUUUUGGACAAUGACCCACUGGCCCAGCAACCUGGGAUGCUGACCCCCAAAAAGUUCCCCUGCUCAUUUGGACCAGAUGAGGUGAAGUACACGCAUUUUGGAUCUCGGAGCCCCAGCAAGGACAGAGUGAAGCUGCAGCUGCGUUAUGACUCGCAGACGGACACAGUGAUCAUCCCGUUCAUGCUGGAAGUGGAGGUGGUUUUCCAGCAGCUUGAGAUCCUCACCAGGAAUAUGCCUAUUAAUGUCGAAAAGUUCAACGGUGACAGCAACCCCAUUGACAAAAAGGGUCUGGAGUUUUCCUUUGAGGACGGUGUCACGCAGUGUAAGAUGGCCGCUCUGGUCGGCGCUGGAGGUCUCCCCAGGUAUGGCACUCUUUUGAAUAACCCCAACAACGGCCAAUUGAUUGACUGUGAUGAGUUUGUGAAACAGGGCCUUCGCUACAAGCACACAGCUAAAACAAAGUCACCAAACAGAGACUAUAUUCCAAUGAUGGUGGAGCUGCAGGAUAAUGAUGGCAACACUAUAAUGCAAGAACAUUUCCAAAUGAUGGUUAGAAUCAGAGAGGGUGCAGAGAACAGCGCUCCUAAACCCAGCUUUGUAGCCAUGAUGAUGAUGGAGGUUGAUCAGUUUGUGAUGACAGCUAUUACAAGCGACAUGCUGGCUGCUGAAGAUGUCGAAUCUGACCCUGAUGAUUUAAUCUUCAAUAUUACUUCAUAUCUGAGCCCUGAGCAGGGUUACAUCAUCAGCACAGAUGACCAGAACCUUCCUAUCACCUCCUUCUAUCAGAGAGACAUCAAAGAUCUUAAAAUAGCCUACAAGCCCCCCUCGGAGGACUCGGAGGUGGAAAGGAUUUUCCAGCUUGAGUUUGAAAUUGUUGACACUGAUGGUACCGUGUCUGAUACAUUUGCUUUUAUGAUUGUGGUGAAGCCUAUGAAUACACUGGCUCCUGUAGCAACCAAAAAUACAGGGCAGCUAUUGUUUGAAGGGCAGUCCCGGGCGCUCUCCAGCUCCCAGAAUUUAGAGAUCAGUGAUGAGGACAACCUAGAAGAUGUGAAAAUAACUGUUGUUGAUGGCUUAAAGCACGGAGAGCUGACCGUGCUUGGUAGUCGCAGGAAAUUCUUCACACCCGCCGACCUAAACGCCGGCAUCGUGGUGUACCAGCACGACGGGAGCGACACCUACAGCGACAACAUUAUUUUUAGAAUGACUGAUGGCACUAAUGAAGUGGAGUUUUUGUUCCCUAUCACUAUCGCUCCCACUGAUGAUGAGCCCCCGAUUAUCAAUGCUAACACCGGUGUGGUGCUUUUCAAGAAUGAAGUCAUGCAGAUCUCCCCGUUCAUUCUGAGCGCAUCAGAUAUCGAUUCCGAAGACUCCACCAUUAAGUUUGUCUUGGAGGCUCCUUACUCCACUGUCGGAGAGCUGCUGCUGAGACAAGUCGAGCCUCCAUCUGAUCCAUCUACCUGGAAGUUCAGUGAAACAGAUGAGAUGUUUGAGCAGGUGGUAACUGAGUGGUUUCAGCAGGAUAUUCUUGACGGAAAGCUGUUCUAUCGUCACAUCGGACCCCACAGCACCACCACUGUGAUCGAUCAGUUUGUGUUCAGGGUCCAAGAUGAUAAUGACCCUCCUAAUCAGUCAGGAGAGCACAUGUUCACCAUCAAAAUCCACCCCGUUGAUGACCUCCCUCCAGAGCUUUUCCCAGGCACCACCCUUCACAUUACAGUUCAGGAGUAUGAGCUGACACACUUCAAUAAGAAAUUCUUGUGCUACACUGAUUUGGAUUCAGAUGACAGGGACCUGAAGUAUACUAUCGUCAAGCCCCCAACUGACACAGAUGAGAACAACCCGGCCCCCUUGGGCGAGAUCGUACUGACUGAUAGUCCUGACACUUUAAUUACAGAGUUCACACAGGCCCAGGUAAAUCAUCAUAAAGUAGCUUACAGGCCUCCCGACCAGGAGCUGGGCAUCACUCCAAAAGUGGCUCAGUUCACAUUCAUUGUGGAAGACACAGCAGGUAACAUAGUAGAUGGACUAUUUACCAUUUUCUUGCAGCCUGUUGACAACAAACCACCACUUAUCACCAACACAGGGUUUACUGUUAUGGAAAGAAGUACAUACCUCAUCACUAGGAAGGAGCUGCAUGCCACCGACACAGAUACAGAUGAUGAAAAUAUCGUUUUUACCGUGACCCAGAUUCCUCUGUACGGGCAGCUGCAGUAUUUUGGGAUCGACAUGUCAAACGGUGAAACAUUUGUUCUUGCAGAUAUUGCAAAUAGCCGUCUAGCUUAUAUCCAUGGGGGAGAAGAAUCUGUGAGUGAUCUUAUCAAGCUGGAUGUAAGUGAUGGUUUCCAUGAGGUACCCAUCAUCAUUAAGAUCACCAUCGAGCCUGUGGAUGACGAGUCCCCCACGCUUAUGCUCCCAGCUGGCCUGCUCGGUGCCUCCAUCGAUGUGCUGGAGAAUGGAGCAACAGAAAUUACAAGUAACGUGAUUCAGGGCCGUGACGAAGACACAGAUGACUUCAUGCUUACUUUUAUUGUUGAGGAACCUCCCAGGCUGGGUGAAAUCCUGGUCAACGGUGCACCAGCUGAGAGAUUCACCCAGGGGGACAUCAUUAAUGGUGUGGUGGUGUAUGCUCACACAUCCGGUGAAAUCGGUCCGGUCAGAGAGUACGACUCCUUCAACCUCACUCUAUCUGAUAUGUCCGAUCAGUGGGUCGUUGGCGGCAACAACGUCCAAGGUGUGACAGUAUACGUCACCAUCCUUCCUGUUGACAGCAUUCCACCUAUUGUUAGUGUCAUAGAGCAGUUUGUUGUUGUUGAGGGAGAGAAAAAUGUCAUCACUCUGGACCACAUCCAAGCUGAAGAUAUGGACACAGACAACGACGAUAUCCUGUGCACCAUCAUCGUCCAACCAACAUCUGGUUACGUGGAAAACAUCGCCCCAGCUGCAGGCUCAGAGAAAACCAGAGCAGGGACAGCUAUCACAGCAUUCAGCAUUAAAGAUGUCGCCCAAGGUCAUAUCCACUAUGUCCAAAGCAUCCACAAAGGUGUUGAACCAGUAGAAGAUCGUUUCACCUUUCGUUGUUCAGAUGGUAUUAAUUUCUCUGAACGCCAUUUCUUCCCCAUAGUCAUUAUUCCAGCCAAUGAUGAGAAGCCUGAAAUUUUCAUUCGAGAGUUUGUGGUAAUGGAGGGCAUGAGCCUCGUAAUUGAUACACCAAUUCUGAAUGCGGCCGAUGCUGACAUCCCUGGUGAUGAACUGUCCUUUGAGAUCAUCAAAAACCCACAACAUGGUACAAUAGUUCAGCAGCUCAGCACUGGCACCAUCCCUGUAGAUACAUUCAACUUGGAACAAAUCAAAGAGGCAUCCAACAUUGUCUACGAACAUGAUGACUCUGAGACCAAAGAGGACAGCUUCAAAAUCAGACUCUCAGAUGGGACACACACAGUGGAAAAAACAGUUCUUAUCAUGGUUAUUCCUGUUGACGAUGAGACGCCCAGGAUGGCUAUAAACGACGGCCUUGAAGUGGAGAUCGGAGAGACAAAAGUCAUCAGCAACAGGGUUUUAAAGGCCACAGAUCUCGACUCUGAGGACAAAGACCUCAUGUUUAUUGUGCGGUACGGCCCUGGACAAGGCUACCUCCAACGAAUCAGCAAGUUUGGUGAUGUUUUAGGUAACAUCACACUGGGGAUGAAUUUCACACAGAAUGAACUCGACAAACAGCUCAUUCAAUAUGUACACACCGGCCAGGAGGGAAUCAGAGACCUGUUGAAAUUUGACGUCACAGAUGGAAUCAACCCCCUUAUCGAUCGUUACUUUUACAUCAACAUUGGAAGCAUUGACAUGGUCUUCCCAGAUGUAAUCAACAAAGGCGUGACUCUCAAGGAAGGGGGGAGAGUCACUCUCACCACUGACCUUCUCAGCACCACUGACCUCAACAGUCCUGAUGAAUUUCUCAGCUUUAGCAUCACAAGAGCGCCAAGCAGAGGCCACUUAGAGUGCACCGACCAACCGGGUGUUCCCAUUUCCACCUUCACCCAACUGCAGCUUGCAGGCAACAAGAUCUACUACAUCCACACCUCUGAUGAUGAGAUGAAAAUGGACAGCUUUGAGUUUGAGGUAACAGACGGUUACAAUCCUGUCUUCCGAACCUUCAGAGUGUCCAUCACUGAUGUAGAUAACAAGAAACCUGUCCUGACUAUAAACAGGCUGGUUGUGGAGGAGGGAGAAACCAAACUCGUCACGCCAUUUGAGUUGACGGCCGAGGAUCGGGACACACCCGACAACCAGUUACGCUUCAUAGUCACCCAGUUGCCAGUGCACGGGCAGCUGCUUUUCAACAAAACGCAACCAAUCACAACCUUUACAAAGCAGGACCUGAAUGAGAACCUGAUCAGCUAUAAGCACGACAGCACUGAGACCAACGAAGACAGCUUCUCCUUCACGGUCACAGACGGAACACACACAGAUUUCUACGUCUUUCCUGACACCGUGUACGAAACACGCAAACCCCAGAUGAUGACCAUUUACAUCAACACAGUGGACAAUGGUGUGCCCCAGAUUGUGGUUAAUAAGGCUGCGGCCUCACUGAAGGUCAUGCAAACUGGCCAUGUGGGCUUUGUGAUAACCAGCAAGGCCCUUCGAUCAGAGGACCGCGACAGCGCCAACAGGGUCCUGAAGUACAGUGUGUCUGAGGCGCCUCUGCACGGCUUCAUCAUGAACACUGCCCAGGGCAAUGACAGCAUCAAGACCUUCACACAAGCUGAUAUCAAUGACAUGAAGAUCUGUUACGUGCUGCUGGAUAAGAGCAACGCCACAAGUGAUAUCUUCUACUUCUCGGUUGAAGACAACGGUGGAAACAAACUCAAGCCUCAGCCUUUCCGGCUCAACUGGGCCUGGAUCUCUCUGGAGCAGGAAUACUACCUGGUCGACGAGGACGCCAAAUUCCUGGAGGUGACACUGAAGCGCAGAGGAUACCUGGGGGAAACCUCCUUCGUCAGUAUUGCCACGAAGGAUGGCACCGCCAAGAAGGAUAAGGACUUCCGUGGUAAAGCUCAGAAACAGGUUCAGUUCAACCCUGGUCAGACCACAGCGACCUGGAGGGUGAAGAUCAUCACCGACCAGGAGUUCGAGAUCUCGGAGACCUUCGAGAUACAGCUGUCCGACCCGGUCAUGGCGGUGCUGGAGUUUCCAGACAUUGCCACAGUGGAGAUUGUGGAUCCUGGAGAUGAGUCGACGGUGUUUAUUCCUCAAGCAGAGUACAAGAUUGAGGAGGAUAUUGGGGAGCUGCUGGUACCGGUGAGACGCUCGGGAGACGCCAGCCAGGAACUCAUGGUUGUUUGUUUCACUCAGCAAGCCACGGCCACCGGCACCAUGCCCAGCACUGUCUUGUCCUACUCCGAUUACAUCACGCGGCCCGAGGACCACACCAGCGUGCUGCGGUUCGACAAAGACGAGCGUGAGAAAUCCUGUCGCAUCAUCAUCAUCGACGACUCGCUGUAUGAGGAGGAGGAGAGCUUCAACAUCAGCCUGAGCAUGCCCAUGGGCGGCCAGGUGGGCGCCAGCUUCCCAUCCGCCAGGGUCACCAUCUUGGCAGACAGCGAUGAUGAGCCCUCGCUGUACUUUGGGGAACCAGAGUAUAUUGUGGACGAGAGUUCAGGCUACGUGGAGGUGAAGGUUUGGAGGACAGGGACUGAUCUGUCCAAGACGGCUACUGUCACCGUGCGCUCCAGAAAGAGUGAACCCGUCUCUGCAGAAGCCGGACUCGACUACGUCGGCAUUAGUCGUAACCUGGACUUCGCUCCCGGAGUGACGAUGCAGACGUUCAGAGUGACUAUCCUGGACGAUCUGGGUCAGCCGGAGCUGGAGGGGCCCGAGACCUUUGACCUGGUGUUACGGAUGCCCAUGAAUGCUGUGCUAGGAGAACCAAGCAAGACCACCAUCACCAUCAAUGACAGCGUCACUGACUUGCCGAAGGCUCAGUUUAAAGAGGGCAGCUACAAGGUGGAUGAGUCUGACGGUGAGGUCAAAGCCAUCGUGUACCGCAGUGGAGACAUCAGCCUCGUGUCCACGGUGCGCUGCUACACCCGCCAGGGCUCUGCUCAGGUCAUGAUGGACUACAGUGAGAGGCCCAACACCGAUGCAUCCAUCAUCACCUUCCAAGCAGGUGAGACAGAGAAGCCGUGUGUGGUCAGCCUGAUGGAUGACUCCGUCCACGAGGAGGACGAGGAGUUCCGCCUGGUCCUGGGAUCUCCGAAGAGCAAGUCUCCGUACGGAGCCUCUGUCGGGGAGCAGAAGGAGGCGCUGGUCACAGUCACAGAUGAGAAAGACAAGCCCAUCAUUCGUUUCUCUGAGAUCAAGUACAGUAUUCGUGAACCCCAGGUCAAAGGAGAAAUGGCGAUAGUGAAGAUUCCUAUCCUGCGUAUCGGAGACACAUCCAAGGUCUCAGUAGUGAGAGUGCACACCAAAGACGGCUCUGCGACCUCUGGGGAGGACUACAACCCGCUGUCAGAGGAUGUUGAGUUCAAGGAGGGUGAGAAGGAACACUUUGUGGAGAUCGAGAUCCUCUACGACGGUCAGAGAGAGAUGAGAGAGGCCUUCAUCGUGCAAAUGAAGCCUGACGACAACAUGGUGGCUGAAGUACAGAUGAACAAAGCCAUCGUCUACAUUGAGGAGAUGGACAGUGUAGCAGACGUCACCUUCCCUGCAGUGCCCCAGGUGGUCUCCCUGCUCAUGUACGAUGACACCGUGAAAACCAAAGACAAGCCCCAGCCACAAAACGGAUACCCUGUUGUCUGUGUGACGGCCUGCAACCCUAAGUACAACGACUUUGACAAAACUGGCUCCAUCUGCUCUUCGGAGAACAUCAACGACACCCUCACCCAGUACCGCUGGCUGGUCAGCGCUCCCACCGGGUCCGAUGGCGUGACCAGCCCCAUGAGGGAGGUGGACACCAACACUUUCUUCACCAACACCAAGUCCAUCACCUUGGAUUCAAUCUACUUCCAAGCCGGCUCUAGGGUCCAGUGUGCGGCGAGAGCCUUCAACGCCAACGGAGACGCAGGCCUGGAGCUGUCCAGUCCCAUAGCUGUGAUCAGCAAGGAGGAGGGUAUGUGUCAGCCUCGCAUCCAGGGGACUGUCGGAGCCGAACCUUUUUCUGCUAAGAUCCGUUACACCGGCCCAGACGACCCAGACUUCCCCAACCUCAUCAAACUGACCGUCAACAUGCCUCACAUGGAUGGCAUGUUGCCGGUGAUCUCCACGCGCCCUAUGUCCAACUUCGAGCUCACCCUGAGCCCGGACGGCACACGGGUGGGAAACCACCGCUGCUCCAACCUCCUGGACUUCAAUGAGAUCCAAACGGGCCACGGCUUCAUCACCGACGCCACAAAGAACCCGGAGAUCAUCGGGGAGACUUCACCAUACCAGUACAGCAACGUCAUGCGUUCGGCCAACUCUCUGCGCUUCUACAGGAACCUCAACCUGGAGGCCUGCCUGUGGGAGUUCACCAGCUACUACGACAUGUCCGAGCUCCUGAAUGACUGCGGAGGCUCCAUCGGUACAGAUGGACAGGUGCUGAACCUCGUCCAGUCCUACGUCACCUUGCGUGUCCCACUCUUCGUGUCCUACGUCUUCCACUCUCCCGUGGCUGUGGGGGGGUGGCAGCAUUUCGACCUGCAGUCCGAGCUCAAACUCACCUUCGUGUACGAUACGGCUAUUCUGUGGCAGGACGGCAUCGGCAGCCCUCCUGAGUCUGAGCUGCAAGGAGCCAUGUACCCCACCAGCAUGCGGAUAAAUGAGGAGGGCCGUCUGGUUGUCCACUUCAAGACUGAGGCUCGCUUCAGGGGACAGUUUGUGAUGUCUCAUCCAGGGACCAGCGUGUCCUCCAUGGUGAUGUGCGCCGACCACCCCGGGCUGACGUUCACCCUCGGCCUCGUCAGGACCGAGCCCACCUACAACCAGCCCAUGCAGCAGUGGAGCUUCGUCUCAGACUUUGCUGUGCGAGAUUACUCUGGAACCUACACGGUGAAGAUGACCCCCUGCAUCGCCUCCCCCAACGGAGAGUUCAGCAUCCCGCCUGUCUGCCACCCAAGAGAGCCGCUGACCUUUGACAUGGACAUUCGCUUCCAGCAGGUGAGCGACCCGGUUGCAGCAGAGUUCAGCCUCAACACUCAGAUGUUCCUGUUGUCCAAGAAGGACUUGUGGUUGUCCGAUGGCUCCCUGGGCUUCGGAGAGGGGUCUGAUGCUGCUUUCUCAGACGGCUCCAUGAUCUACGGCCGUGUGAUGGUGGACCCGGUCCAGAAUCUGGGCGACUCGUUCUCCUGCAGCAUCGAGAAGGUUUUCCUCUGCACAGGAGCAGACGGCUACGUUCCCAAAUACAACCCAACCAACAAGGAGUACGGCUGCCUGGCCGACGCUUCAACUCUGCUUUACAGAUUCAAGAUUCUGGACAAGGCCCAGCCAGACACUCAAGCUUCAGCGUUUGGCGAUGUUGCUUUUAAGGCCACACUGGCCCAGGACACAGCUGGAGCUCUGUCUUUGGUCAAACAGCCGGGGUCAGACGGAUUCACGCUGUCGUCAUCUCCACUUUUCCAGGUGGCUGCCGGUCGAGAAUGGUUCAUCCACACUAUCUACACCGUCCGCUCCAAGGAAAACGCCAACCGCAACAUUGGCAAGCGCAGUGUGGAGUACCUCCAUCACAGCGUUUCCUCGGCUGUGCAGCCCCACGCUCGCCACCGCCGCGCCGCCCCGGCUCUCUCUAACCCCGAUGUGGCCCAGGACAUCGGUGUCGACAACAACCGCGGCACCAACAUCCAGCACAUCUCUCUGGACCGGGCGGACCGCAUGGUGGUCAGCCAGCGCCAGCCCUGGUCCCCAAACCGCGACGGUCUCCCGGAGCGCCCCCAGCUGGAGAGCUCUGGUAGGGAGCCGGCCGACACCUCCACCGUGCCCAUGUUGGUGGGGCUCAUCGGCCUGGUCCUGCUCAUCUGCCUCAUCGCCACCGUUGUUAUCCUGCUGCUGCGACGCAAGAGGCGGGAAAAGAGCAGCCAGUUCCCGCCGUACGCCACCUCAACCUCUUCUGCGUACGGGGGUCACAGCCAGGGCCCAGCAGGCAUGUGGAGCAGCUCAGACAGCUCUGAGGUCUAG